GUGAAAUCACAAGGCAGAGAGGAGACGAGAGGCUAGAAGAAACUCACUCAGCUGUCCGGACACUGUGGAGAUGCCCCCGCUGUUUGAGGAACCAAACCCUGGGGACCUGAUUGAGAUUUCGCGCUUUGGAUACAAGCACUGGGCCCUCUAUGUAGGAAAUGGUUACGUCAUCCACCUUGCCCAGCCCAGUGAGUAUGCAGGAGCUGGCGCCUCCAGCAUCAUGUCCGUGCUGACCGACCAAGCCGUAGUGAAGAGGGAGCGUCUCCGGGAGGUUGCUGGCGGUGACCGGUACCAAGUCAACAACAAGUAUGAUGGGAGGUGCUCGCCGCUGCCUGUCAGCAAGAUCCUCAUGGAGGCCGAGUCUCUGGUGGGCCAGAAGAUGCAGUACAGCAUCACCAGCGAGAACUGCGAGCACUUCGUCACCAAGCUGCGCUACGGCCAGCCCAUGUGUGACCAGGUCAGGGACACCAUGCUGACUGUGGGGGUCGCAACGCUGGGCCUAGCUACUGUGGGGCUCAUCGGAGCCAUGGUCACAAGGUCCAGGCGUCAGAACCAAUAGCACAGACUCCCCUCUGGGCCCAAGGCCUGGAGCCUCUGCAGCAGGGGCCCUCCGAGCGGGCUCCUCGUGAGGAGCAAGCUGGAUAUGUCAGCAUCUUCCUGUCCUUUGUCAUCAGGUUUUUGUGAAUUAGACGUCUCAUUUAAAAUAAACUAAUCUAGCCUCACA